CGAUGCUGCUAACCGUUGUUUGGAACAACCUUUGAACCUUGAACUGAGAUCCAUAAUCUGUUGUCGCGUGAUUCAAAACAACACUGCCAGCAGUUACCCAAAGCGUUUCGCAAUACAACAGCUGUUACAGCAGUGAAUACCACUAUGUCAUGUUGUUCCCGGAUGUUAGACUAGUCGAUAGAGACAGUGAGACGAGAACCAGACAACGACACCUGCUUUGAAAGUUGAUGAAGACGUUGAGGAGUCGUUGGUGGUGACGUGAGCCACUAGUACUGUUGUUGCCGUAGAUAACGACAUCGCCGAACGCUCCAGCAAGUAACCCACGGGAUUAACGAGGCAUACUCUGCAGACAGUAGAUGUGAGUUUCAUCUCCGACCAUGACGCCAGGGAGAAUGCUGAUGUUUCCACUUGUUGUUAUUGUGUUUCCUGUGGCCAAAGGUCAAUCAUGCAGCUUCAGUGAGGUUCCGGGACAGAAGGGGUCGGACAGCCUGUGGAGUGACACGGCGACCGACACGAGCCUGAGUGCCUGCAAGACUCUCUGUAACACGACUGAGUUGUGUAUAGCGGGAGAAUUCCUCUCCACCACGAACACGUGUCACAUCUACCUGGUGGAGACAAACCUCACUGAUCAAACUGAGGCGGUGUUCUUUCAGUGGGCCUGUAACAAAGAAACCAAUGUUUCAGACGGAUUCCCUGUAGCUUUGACAGUGGGAUUAGUCGUCGGUGCUGUGGCGCUCGUUGGCACGACAGCAGCAGUUGUCGUAGGCGUCAAAAAAUAUAACAAUAGACAAUGACAAAACCGAGAGCGAAGGCCAAGAUAAAAACUUCACGAAAGUCUGCCACAGCCCCAGCCGAUGAAGAAGAAAAAUUGAAAUCGGACAGAGAAAGUAUGAAGAAACCGACUGGCGUUUUUUAAAAAGAAAAUGAAUAGGUUCAAAGGAAAUAUAACGAAAGGCUCAUAUAGCCUUUAAUUAACAAGAAUGGCAAUUUUAGUUACUUACUAUAUUUCUGAAAUGAAAAAAUAGUGUUAAAGGUGUCUGAAAGAGGCGAUGUGACCGACCGAUAUAUAUAAAGGGAAUAUGUCUAAAAAAACCUUGAUGUUAAAUCAGGGAAUAUGUAUAAUACCUGAAAAAUUUAGGGAUUAUGUAUAUUCCCUCAGAGAAUCAAACAUUAAAUAUAUUCCCUGAAAAUUUCAGGGGUUAUACAUAUUCCAUGUAACAUAUGUAUAUCUUUUAUAUCAUAUAUAGCUUUUAUUGUUUAAAAGUAAAACAAGAAUAUAUAAUAAUAUGUCAUAAAUAUUAUGGAAUACUGUAAGGGACAUUCUCAUAAAUGCCCAAAACACGAGAAUGCGAGAUCGCGAGAACGCGAGAUUUGGCCAAAAUCUCGCAUUCUCGUG